AAACAUUAUGAGAACAUCUUUGAUCUUAUCAGUGAAUUUUGAAGAUCUAUGAGAUGAAGAUUGAAGGAAUAUCGCGUGCAAUAAUUGUGAUUAUUUUUAUUAAUGUCAAUCUUUUGGAGUGUCAAGAUGUUAGUGUUCGCGUGAAGCAAGGAACUAUCGUUGGGCUGAAAAUAUUUCCCGAAGCAUCACGCAUUCCAAUUUAUACGUACUUAGGUGUUCCGUAUGCGGAACCAACAAUUGGCGCAAAUCGUUUUGUAGCACCACGAUCGCCAGAAGUAUGGAAUCGAACAUAUUAUGCGCGUGAUUUUAAGCCAUUAUGUCCACAACUUGAGAGUUUGAUGGAAUCAGGAGAGGGUCGAUACCGAAGAUCGUCUGAGGAUUGUUUGUAUUUGAACAUGUGGGUACCGGAGACAGCUAUGAAAAUUGGUGGAUUUCCAAUAUUAAUAGUCAUAACAGGAGAAGAUUCUUAUGACUGGUCAACAAACAGAAUAUCAGGCCUUGACAUGGCAGCUGAAGGAAUGAUUGUCAUCACCAUCCAGUACCGUACAAAUGUCUUUGGAUGGCUAUCACUCGACAACAUUAUUAGUCCAGGAAAUCUCGGUAUUAUGGAUCAACUGAUGGCAUUCAAAUGGAUAGAUGAGAACAUUAAUAAAUUUGGUGGUGACAUGAAUAAUGUUACAUUACUCGGUCACGGUUCGAUGGGUGUUUUCAACAGCUUUUAUCAUUUAUUGUCGCCAAAAACUAAACGAAUUUUCUCAAGGGCAAUUUUAAUGUCUGGCAGCCUCUUUGCACCAAAUCCAAUUAAUCAUGAUGCAUCUGGUGACUUUGUAAGGUUAUUGACAUGCGAUUCUAUUGACUUUCAAAUUAUGUUGAAAUGUCUACAGUCGAAAAGCUACGAGGAACUGCUGAAAGCUUAUGAAAGCAUCAUCAGAAAUGAGAAACGUGUCAAUCGCUUCUUUGGACCUUUGGCUGAUGACUUCAUCGAUGACAUUGAAAGUCGUGUAUUUUUGGGAGACCCAUUUCGCCUCAUUACAGAGUUUAAUUACACAAUUGAUAUUCCAGUUUUAAUUGGAAUCACUAGCAAUGAAGGCGCAUUUGUUGAUGACGUGAUGCUUGCUUAUGGAAAAGAGGGGUACAAAAAGUUUAGGAACUUUAUUGACGACUUUGUCGUUCCUAAUAUGCUGAAGAAGUCACAUUUUGAAGUUUUUGAUAAGAAGCAGAUCAAAGACGCCAUCAACUGGCACUACUUCCAACAAUACCCCAAAACAACAUCUCAUCUCCUCAACUCAGUCAUCAAACUAUCAACAGAAAUUGCAUACGAACUUCCGCUAUUCAAGACAAUUGAACUGUUGACAACACCAACUGAAUUGCAAUCAAAUUACAAUAUUGUUCAAAGUGAAAAUAAUUUUUCGACAGUCGUUGAAAUCAAAAGUGUCAGAAGCGGAAAGCAAACUGAUUUUUCAACAAUUGGACGACAACAAAAGAGUGUCAACAAUAAUUUAUAUGUGUACGUUUUUCAUCAUUCAAAUGCGAUGGAUAUGCGAGGAAGUAUAAAUUAUUUUGGCGGCGCACAGCAUAGCUCUGACUUGCCUUUUUUGUUUGGACCGAGUUUGUUUAAGCAGAUCAGCAGGCGAAGAUUGUCACAGACUGAAGAGAAGUUGUGUAAGAAGUUUAAGCAGUUGUUUGGGGAUUUCAUAAAGACUGGAAAUCCCACCCCAGAACGUCCAUUUGAUGCCUGGCAUCCAUACAACACAAACUCAAAAUACAUCAAAAUUCUUGGCACUAAAAUCGACAAUCUGCUUCAUAAUCGCAUCCUCAAAGACUCUUCAUUCGAGCAAAAUCAUGAAAAAAUUGAAGACUUGCUGUCAACAGACACAGAAGAGAAGCUUCAAGUUGUAUCAAAUGUCAAUACACCACCAAGCUAUCAAAACAAUCCUUAUCAUUUGAGUAGCGUCAAUCAUGGAUAUGAUGAAAGCACUCGAGGUGUUCGACAGUUUGAUGCUAAUCAGAGCAAUACAGCUGGAAAGAAUACAGAUUAUUACUUCUAUUUGAGGAGGAUUUAUGCAUUUUGGUAUGAAUAUUUACCAACUUUGUAUAAGAAUUAUCAAGAUAGAACAGGAAGAGCUAGUAGCGAGCAGGAUCGAUUUUCUGAAGCAAAUCCAAAAUAUAAACACGCAUUCUUCUCAAUGUUGACCCUUGUGUGUCUCCUUCUCGCCAUUCUCGGUCUUUGUGUCUAUCUCCUUAAGAAGAACAACCACAGCUUAUCAUCAGCAUCAACAAUCUUAUGACAAAAGUUCAUGUUUCGAUCGAAAAUCUUAAUAGAUCGAAGACGAAAAAGACGGGAUGAAAAUGACUCACAUGACGGUCAUUCAACGGUAACCAAAGAUAAAAUAACCAAAAUUCAAACAAUUGACGGCAAUAAUAAUAAUAAAAAUGUUAGUAGCACGAAUAAUGAUGUUAGCUAUCGACAGCAAAUUAGCAUAAGUAGAUUAAGGAUGAAUAAUAAUAGUAAUUUUGAUUUCAUUGAGUCAUGUGAUAUUGCAGAUGAAUUAAAUAAUGAGGUUGAUAGUCUUGAUAGUUUAGAAAUUAAGAAUUGGAGAUAUCACUUAACAAAUAAUCGAUUUUGAUUGAGCUCAAAAAUUUGGAUUUUUAAAGUUAAUUUGUAGAGUUCUGGAUUUUGAAUUGGGUGGGUUUACUUCAAAAAGAUUGGGUUUGAAUAAAUUUGAUUGAUGUUAUUUAAGGAGCAGUUCACUUAUGACGUCCAGGGGGGGGGGGGGGGGUCAAUAAGAAAAGAAUAAUAGAAAUUCCUGGAAAUCCAUUGUUCUUUUUUUGAAAAAUGACCGUUAAUUUCGGAAGACAUAAGUGAACGAUCCUUUAUUAACUUAAGAAUUUGAAAGUUGUACAAAAACAUAGCCAUGCACUUAUUAAGUUAAAUAAAGAUUUUUUUAGAUAUUUAUUCGAAUGGAAUCGUUAAAGAUUUUUGGAUUUGAGUUCCUUUUUUUGGUUCCGUGUUGCUUUUAUACAUCUUAACUUAAGAUUCUAA